UAUUGAACCAAAUCCCAUCCCAAAUCUAAGAUCCCACAUGAAGCUAGAACCUCUCAUCCAAAUCUCAGCUGCAAAAUUCAUCCCACUCCGAGGAAACAGACAAGAGUCCUUCAAAAACUUGUCUACUUCUCUCAACUUCAACAUAAUCCAUGGCAAUGCCCUUUCUCUUACUUGCUCUACCUUUCAUUCUAUUCUCUCCUUUCUUCUCUUCAGCUUCUGAUAAUACUCUAACAAAAGACUCAUCUUUAUCAGUAGACAAAAAUAACGUCUUGAUGUCACCAAGUAACACUUUCAUCGCCGGAUUCUUCCCGGUCGGCGAAAACGCUUACUGCUUUGCUAUAUGGUACAAUGAACCAUUCUGCAACAACAACUGCACAGUAGUUUGGAUGGCAAACCGUGAUCAACCAGUAAACGGUAAACUGUCAAAGCUUUUUUUAUUGAAAUCCGGUAACCUUGUCUUAACGGACGCCGGCCGGGUCACAGUCUGGUCAACAAACACAGCAUCAGAAUCUUCAGUUAAUUUAUACCUUCAAGAAAGCGGAAAUCUGGUACUGAAGAAUUUGGAAGGUGUUGUUUUAUGGCAAAGUUUCGAUUUUCCUACGAAUACCCUUCUUCCAUUGCAGUCACUCAUUAAAGAUAGAGAACUUGUGUCAUCAAGAAGUCAAAGCAACUAUAGUUCAGGAUUCUACAAGCUUUAUUUCGAUAAUGAUAACGUUCUUCGUCUUCUUUAUGAUGGUCUAGAUACUUCAAGUAUUUAUUGGCCGGAUCCUGAGCUUAUGAGUUGGGAAGCUGGAAGAUCUAGUUACAAUAAUAGUAGAGCAGCUUCUUUUGAUCCUUAUGGAAAUUUCAGUUCUUCUGAUGGGUUCAGUUUCAUGUCAGCAGAUUAUGGAGUCAAAAUCCAGCGAAGAUUGACUAUUGAUUUCGAUGGAAAUCUUCGAUUGUACAGUCGAGAAAAUGAGAGAGACAAAUGGAGUGUUUCAUGGCAAGCUAUGUCUCAACCUUGUAGGAUUCAUGGGAUUUGUGGGCCUAAUAGUAUAUGCAACUAUGAUCCUAGUUUUGGUAGGAAGUGUUCUUGUCUAAAAGGAUUCAAGACUAAGAAUGAUAAUGACUGGUCUUUGGGUUGUGAACCAGAGUUCAAUCUUUCUUGUUCAAGAAAUGAGGAGACCAGUUUUGCUCAAGUAAGGCACGUGGAGUUUUAUGGGUACGAUUUCCAUUUCUAUCCAAAUUACACAUUAGAUAUGUGUAAAAACGUAUGCUUGCAAAGAUGUGAUUGUAAAGGGUUUCAAUUAAAAUUCAUCAAGCAUGAUUAUCCUAGUGAUAUUCCAUACUGUUUCGCCAAGACUCUAUUGUUAAACGGACGUCGUUCACCAAAUUUUGAAGGAAAUAUUUACUUAAAAGUGCCAAAAACAGCUUCUUUUGCCUCUGAGCAAGUCCAAGAAUCCAAGUUAGUUUGUGCAAACGAAGUUAUCAAAGUUCUUGACAGAGUAUAUGCAAAAAGCCAUCAGAAUGGAUUAAUAAUCGUUCUUUGGUUUUCUUGGAUAAUUGGAGCAAUUGAAUUCCUUACUAUUUUCUUGGUAUGGUGUUUCUUGAUAAGAACACAUCAGAAUUCAUCAGUUGAAAUAGCUAAUCAAGGUUACUUACAAAUUACAACAGGGUUUAGAAAAUUCACUUACUCUCAGUUAAAAAAGGCGACACAAGAUUUCAGUGAAGAGAUUGGAAGAGGAGGAGGAGGCAUUGUGUAUAAAGGAGUAUUAUCUGACAAUAGAGUUGCUGCAAUAAAGAAACUAAUAAUCAAUGAAGAUAAUCAAGGAGAAGCCGAAUUUCGAGCUGAAGUUAGUCUCAUUGGGAAGCUUAAUCACAUGCACUUAAUAGAAAUAUGGGGAUAUUGUGCAGAAGGAAAACACAGGCUUUUGGUUUACAAGUACAUGGAAAAUGGGUCUUUAGCAGAAAAUCUUUCUUCUAAUAAACUUGAUUGGAAAAAGAGAUUUAGUAUUGCUUUAGGUACUGCAAAAGGUCUUGCUUAUAUACAUGAAGAGUGCUUAGAAUGGGUUCUGCAUUGUGAUAUUAAGCCUCAAAACAUACUGUUAGACUCUUAUUAUCAGCCAAAAUUGUCUGAUUUUGGUUUGUCUCAUCCAAUAAAAAGAGAGAGCCAUGAAAUUUCAAGGCUCUCAAGAAUUAGAGGGACUAGAGGUUAUAUUGCUCCUGAAUGGGUUUUUAAUUUGCCUAUUACUUCUAAAGUGGAUGUUUAUAGCUAUGGAAUGGUAUUAUUGGAAAUAGUGACCGGAAAAAACCCAGCAGCAAUUGAAGACAGAAGAUUGGUUACUUGGGUUAGAGAAAACAUCGAUGGAAAUUAUUGUAAUAUGAAAAAAAUUGUUGACCCUGCGUUGGAUGGAAAGUUUGAAAUGGCCCAACUGAAAAGUAUUGUUAUGGUGGCUUUAAAAUGUGUAGAUGAAGACAAAGAUGCAAGACCCACCAUGAAACAAGUUGUUGAAAUGCUUCUGUAUGAUGAAAAGGAGAAGUCCACCGUUUAAUAGUGAUAAUAAUAGGUAUAUGCUGUUUCCAUUAGGGAUUUCAGAUUUGUUUUUGUUCUAGAACACAUCUUGUAUAUGUUAAUAUGAAUUAUAGUGUUUUUCCUUUUUGUUGUUGCUUAUUAUGAUUUUAUAAUACCCAGAAUACAUAAUUUCACUCUUAAA